AUGAAGAUGGAGGCAGAACUUAUUGAUUCAGAACUUCCACCAAAGACUUCUGAAAAGCAAGAGACUGCUCCUGAUGAAUGUGGAUCUAUAGAACUUGAGACACAAACUCAGAAAGACAACGUGCACACUGCAGCAGACUCUGUGGUGCUCUCUUCAAUGCCUUGCUUACUGAUGGAACUGAGGCAAGACUCUUCAGAGUCUCAGCUGGCAUCUGCAGAGAGUGAUAAGCCAAUGGGUGGUCGAGUUUAUGAGAGUGACUCUUCUAAUCAUUGCAUGCUUUCCCCUUCUUCCAGUGGGCAUUUGGCUGACUCUGAUACAUUGUCUUCCACAGAAGAGAAUGAGCCUUGUCAAGCUCAAGCUGCUGUAGGGGGAGACCUUUCUGCAGUGUCUGGUGCUGCAGUUGGGAGGAAAUCCAGGAGAUCCAGGUCUGAAAGUGAAACUUCAACAAUGACUGCCAAGAAAAACAGACGGUCUAGUGAUAAGCAGAAUGGUCGAGUUACCAAAGCAAAGGGUCAUCGAAGCCAAAAGCACAAAGAAAGAAUCCGGCUCUUGAGACAGAAACGGGAGGCAGCUGCUCGCAAGAAGUACAACCUGCUGCAGGACAGCAGUACCAGUGAUAGUGACCUGACGUGUGACUCGAGCACGGGUUCAUCGGAUGAUGAUGAAGUUUCAAGGAGCAGCAAGACAAUCACUGCAGAGAUACCAGAUGGACCUCCAGUUGUAGCUCACUAUGAUAUAUCAGACACAAACUCAGACCCAGAAGUGGUAAAUGUGGACCAUCUGUUGGCAGCUGCAGUAGUUCAAGAGCACAAUAAUUCUUUAGGAAAUCAAGACUCAGGAUCUACCUGGAGAACCAGAGGACUGCUAGAUGAACUGAGUGCUGAUACAGGUCAUUUGGAUCCAGGCUUCCUUGCAGGUGACAAAACCUCUUCUAGUAAUGGCCAUAUCAAUGAAGAAAUUAAUAUUGCCUCUUCUGAUAGUGAAGUAGAGAUUGUUGGAGUUCAGGAACAUGCCAGGUAUGUGCAUGCCAGGGGAGGUGUGAUUCAGAGUGUGUCUUCUUGGAAGCAUGGCUCAGACUCACAGUACAUUAACGCUCAGCAAACACAAUCAUGGACAGGAGUGACUCCCCAGCAGAACUGGUCUUCACCCCCAGAAGUAGUAGACCUCACUCUGGAUGAGGAUAUGAGACACAAAUAUCUACUGUAA